AUGCGUGACGGCCGCGCUGGCGUGUGGCAUCUAUCGGCCGUCCGCGUCCUGCAUCGAUUCGAGUUGGCAUCGCCAUGGCCCACACCGAUUUCGUCCACCUUCGGGUCCGCUCCGCCUAUUCGCUGCUGGAGGGCGGUCAGGCUCGACGAGCUCGUCGAGACGUGCGGUGACUGGCGAAUGCCAGCCUGCGCCAUCGCCGAUCGCGGCAACAUGUUCGGUGCGCUGGCAUUCUCGGAGGCAUGCAGCGGUGGGGGCGUGCAGCCCAUCAUCGGCUGCGACCUCGCGAUCGGCACGCGCACCGACCAACCCGGCCAACAGAGCCGCGCGGUAUCGUGGCUGCUGCUGCUCGCGCAGGACGAAGCCGGCUAUCGCAACCUCACGGCGCUGACCAGCGAAGCCUUUAUCCAAGACGGCGCCGGCGGGCGGCCCCUCGUCACAUUGGACGAGGUGGCCGCGCGGGCGGAGGGAUUGCUGGCGCUCACGGGCGGGCCUGCCGGCCCGGUCGGGCGGCUCCUCCUGGACGGUCAGGUCGAGGCCGCGCGCGCCCUCUUGGCGCGACUCGGCGAGAUCUUUCCGGACCGGCUCUAUGUCGAGCUCAUGCGCCACGGCCUCGCGGAGGAGGAGCAGAUCGAGGCGCACCUGAUCGAGCUUGCCGACGAGCUCGAUCUGCCGCUGGUUGCGACGAACGACGUCUAUUUCCUCCGUUCCGAGAUGCACGAGGCCCACGACGCCUUGCUCUGCGUGGCUCAGAACAGCCACGUCGAGGACGAGAACCGGCGCCGCCUGACCCCUCGGCACUUCUUCCGCCCGGCAGAGGAGAUGCGCGCGCUCUUCGCCGAUUUACCGGAGGCCGUGGACAACACCGUCGUGAUCGCCCGCGCGUUGCGCCGUCAUGGCGCCGGUGAGGAAGCCGAUCCUGCCGGCGUUCACCACCGGCGGCGACACGAGCGAGGCCGAAACGCUGCGGCAGGCCAAGAGGGAUUGGAGCGCCGCCUCGAAGCCGAAGUCUACCGCGACGAUAUGGACAGCGCGGCCCGCGAGGAAGCGGCGACGCCUUAUCGUGAGCGGCUCGCCUACGAGCUCGGCGUUAUCAUCGAGAUGCAGUUCGCGGGCUACUUCCUCAUCGUCGCCGACAUCGUGCGCUGGGCGCGGGGAGAGGGGAUCCCGGUCGGCCCGGGCCGGGGUUCGGGCGCCGGCUCGGUGGUGGCGUGGGCGCUGACCGUCACCGAUCUCGACCCGCUCCGCUUCGGCCUGCUGUUCGAGCGCUUCCUCAAUCCCGAACGAGUGUCGAUGCCCGACUUCGACAUCGACUUCUGCCCGGAGCGCCGCGACGAGGUCAUCGACUAUGUCUGCCGGCGCUAUGGCAAGGACCGGGUCGCCCAGAUCAUCACCUUCGGUAAGCUUCAGGCCCGCGCGGUGCUCCGCGAUGUCGGGCGCGUGCUCGGACUCGGCUACGGCCGCGUCGACCGUCUGUGCAAGCUGGUUCCCUACAAUCCGGCCAACCCGGUGACGCUGCAGCAAGCGCUCGACACCGAGCCCCGGCUCGCGGCCGAACGCGACAACGAUUCGACAAUCGCCCGCCUGAUCGAGAUAUCGCUCCAGCUCGAAGGGCUGUACCGCCAUGCCUCGACCCAUGCUGCGGGCAUCGUCAUUGGCGACCGGCCGCUCAGCGAGCUGGUGCCCCUCUAUCGCGAUCCGCGCUCCGAGAUGCCGGCGACACAGUUCUCGAUGAAGUACGCCGAGAUGUCCGGGCUCGUGAAGUUCGACCUGCUGGGCCUCAAGACGCUCACCGUGCUCGACGAUGCGAGCAAAAUUCUGCGCGAGGCCGGGGUCGAGAUCGACCUCGCCUCUGUCCCGCUCGACGACGAGGCCACCUACGAGAUGCUGGGCCGCGGUACUGCGAUGGGCGUCUUCCAGCUGGAAAGCGCAGGCAUGAGGGACGCGCUCCGCAGCCUCAAGCCGGACUGUAUCGAGGACAUUAUCGCGCUCGUCGCGCUCUAUCGCCCCGGGCCGAUGGACAACAUUCCCCGUUACAUCGCCUGCAAGCACGGGCGCGAGAAGCCGGACUAUCUGCACCCGAAGCUGACCGGCAUUCUCAAAGAGACCUUCGGCGUCAUCAUCUACCAGGAGCAGGUGAUGGAGAUUGCCAAGGUUCUCGCCGGCUACAGCCUGGGUGGCGCCGAUCUGCUGCGCCGCGCCAUGGGCAAGAAGAUCAAGGCGGAAAUGGACGCUCAGCGGGAGACCUUCGUCAAAGGCGCUCUCGCCAACGACGUUUCACGGGCCGACGCCAGCCGCAUCUUCGAACUGGUCGCGAAAUUUGCAGGCUACGGCUUCAACAAGUCCCACGCCGCGGCUUACGCGCUGGUCGCCUACCAGACCGCCUACCUCAAGGCCAACCACCCGGUCGAGUUCCUGGCCGCUUCGAUGAGCCUGGAGAUCAACAAUAUCGACCGGCUCGAAUUGUUCCGCCGGGAGCUCGAGCGGCUUGGGAUUCCUCUGCUGCCGCCCGACAUCAACGCGUCCAGGGCGACGUUUUCGGUUGAGCAGCUGGCCGACGGGACCAAGGCGAUCCGCUACGCGCUCGGCGCGAUCAGGAAUGUCGGCGUUCAGGCGAUGACGGCACUGGCGGACGAGCGGGCCGGGAGCGGGCCGUAUCGCGAUCCCUUCGAUUUCGCCGGCCGCAUCGAUCCGCACCAGAUCAACCGCCGCCAGAUCGAGAACCUGGCCAAGGCCGGCGCCUUCGACAGCCUCACGUCAAACCGACGGCAGUUAGCCGACGGCGCCGAGGUCCUCCUUGCUUUUUCCGGCGCGGCCCAGCUCUCGCGCACGCAGGCUUCGCUCUUCGACGGCGCCGAUGCGACUCUCGCGCCGCGGCCGAGCCUGCCGGAGCAGGAGGAUUGGGACCUGAACGAGAGGCUGGCGGCUGAGCAAGAGGCGGUGGGCUUCUAUCUCUCCGCCCAUCCGCUCGAUUCCUACGUGGAUGCGCUCAAAGGGCUCUCGGUCACGCCGUCGGCUCAGGUGGCACAGCAGCUUGCGUCGGGCGUCACCCGCUUCCGCCUGGCCGGCGUGGUGCUUUCGGUGCGGGAGCGGGGGCCGGGUUCGCGGCGCUACGCCUUUAUCCAGCUCUCCGACCCCGAGCGGCAGUUACGAGGUGGCAGCCUUCCGCGAGACCUACGGCGACGGACGCAGCGUGCUGGAGCCCGGCAAGCCUGUACUGGUGACCGCGCUGGCCCGCAUGGAGGGCGAAGACGUCAAGCUCUCCGCCCAAGGCUUCGACGAUCUCGAUGCGAGGCUUUCGCGAAACCUGACCGGCCUUGCGGUGCACGUGCACGAUACGGACGUGCUUGA